ACCACCUUCUAAACAACAAGAAGAAUCCUAAACUCUCAUCUUCAUAUUCCUUCGCCUUCAAUUUUGUUGACGUUCGCUGGUCUAUACCGGAAAAUCCACAUCGGUUUUAGUUUCAUUUCUAUUGACUUAGAGUUUUGGAUAUGGGGGAAGAGUGCGAAAUAGUGGUGAGAGAGUUUGAUCCGAGCAAGGAUUUGUCAAGCGUGGAAGAUGUCGAGAGAAGGUGUGAGGUUGGUUCGGGCGGCAAGCUCUCUCUCUUCACCGACCUCCUGGGUGACCCCAUCUGCCGGGUCCGCCACUCCCCUUCUUUCCUUAUGCUGGGUAGUAGUGGAGGACAAAUGGUGCCCAAAGGAGGGCAGAAUGGUCAAUUUGACAAGAUGGAUGAAGUCAUAAUUAGUAACUUGGUGUUGUGUUGAGGGAUUCCUUUUCUUGCUUUGUUGAGUGAAAUUGAUCGGAGAGCUUGCCAUUUCUCUGCAAUAGAGAUGUGGUAUUUUUGAGGUUUAUUUUUGUGUCCUCGUCGUCUUUUGGGGACCCCUUUUUUAAACUUUCGUUUUCCUUUUCCUCGUUUUGGUGUUUUCAGUUUGGAACUUUGGACCAUACUUCAGGGUCUAUGAUUUUGACGUCUUUUCACAACAAAUAAAAAUCAAAAUUUAUC